AGAGUAUGUCGUAAAAGAUUGCUUUAUGUUCAAACAGUUUCUCCAAGAUCUAGUCCAUGAUCAUUCCCGAUGGAUACAUGAAAUUAUGUUCUCUCUAGCUUGAAAAUUUACUUGUUGAAUCCCUGUGGAGUUUGAAAAGAGAAAUGGAGAGGAGGGUAGUGAUCAUAGGAGCAGGAAUUAGUGGCCUCCUCGCCUGCAAGUAUUUGGUCGAGAAGGGCUUCGACCCGGUGGUGUUCGAGGCCAAUGACCGUGUCGGGGGACUCUGGAAUCACACCAUUCGGUCGACCAAGCUCCAGAAUACAAAGAGAUCUUACCGGUUCUCGGACUUCGAUUGGCCGGCCUCCGUGCAGGACAAGUUCCCCAGCCACACUGAAGUCCUGGACUAUGUCGAGUCCUAUGCUCAGCACUUCAAUUUAUAUCCUUGCAUCAAGUUCCGCUCCAGAGUGACUGGUAUCGAUUAUGUUGGGGAGUCAUUCGAAGAGGUGCAGGCGUGGGAUUUGUGGGGCGGGACAGGGAUGGCAUUCGGCUCGAAAGGGAAGUGGCACGUUACUGUCCUGGACACAGAGACUAAUGCGACAGAGGUUCACCAGGCUGAAUUUGUUGUUCUCUGCAUCGGACGGUUCAGCGGUCUUCCUAACAUUCCGGAGCUUCCACCGAAUCAUUGCUCGGAAGUGUUCGAUGGGAAGGUGAUGCAUUCGAUGGAAUAUUCGGAUAUGGAGAAAUCCGCGGCUGCUGAAUUGAUCAAAGGAAAGCGCAUCACAAUUGUCGGUUCCCAGAAAUCGGCAGUGGAUUUAGCAGUCGAAUGUGCAGAGGCAAAUGGAGUCAGGUACCCUUGUGUGAUGAUCCAGAGGAAUCCUCAUUGGUUAGUGCCAGGCAAAGGCUUCUUAAUAUCUCACCUUGGCCACUUUUACUUCAACCGAUUCGCUGAGCUGCUUCUUCAUAAGCCGGGACAGAACUUCCUGUACCGGUUUCUCGCCACAGUGCUUUCGCCUUUGAGAUGGGGCAUUUCGAAAUUCUCGGAAAUCUAUCUCCAGUGGAAACUCCCGUUGAAGAAGUACGGAUUAGUACCAAGACAAAGCUUUCUCGAGGACGUGUCUUCGUGUCAAAUCGGUGUGCUGCCGGACAAGUUCUACGAUGAAGUGGAGGAAGGAAGCAUCCUAAUCAAGAGGUCGCAGAGCUUUCGCUUCUGCAAGGAAGGCCUGAUAGUCGACGGAGAAGACAAACCGAUCUCAAGCGAUCUCGUGAUCCUUGCCACCGGCUAUAAAGGCGAUCAGAAGCUCAAGAACAUUUUCAGAUCUUCAGUCUUCCAAAAGUACCUCGUCUCUUCACCAACUUCAACCAUUCCUAUUUACAGGCAGGUGAUUCAUCCUCGGAUUCCCCAGCUUGCGGUUGUAGGAUAUGCAGAAGGCUUCGCGAACCUGCCUACCUCGGAGAUCAGAUGCCAGUGGCUCGCGCAUUUCCUCGACGGCAACAUCAAGCUGCCGAGCAUCGGGGCCAUGGAAAAGGACGCGACGAGGUGGGAAAUUCAUAUGAAGCAAUACGGUGGGAGGAAUUUCUGGAGAUCAUGCAUUGGAACCUCCAAUAUUUGGUACAAUGACCAGCUGUGCAAGGACAUGAACUGCAAUCCCAGAAGAAAGAAGGGGUUUCUGGCCGAGUGGUUCCAACCUUAUGGACCAACUGAUUAUGCAGGCCUCACUGAUCAGAAGCACUGAACAACAAGCAUGAACCUUCUCAUGAUCAUUAAUGAAUUCGACAUGUCGAUUGU